CAGAGAAGAGCAGUGGACAUCAAGGCUCUGUUAUUCUGAUAUAAAUCUCUUAACAUGGAUUGCUCCGAAGAGGUGCAGUCACUUUCGGAUGAAACUGGCACUCCGGUGGAGUUAAAGAAGGGAAUGUCCAUAUUUUUAGAUAUCCUAAGGAGAGCGGAUAAAAAUGAUGAUGGGAAGCUGUCUUUUGAAGAGUUUAAGGCUUAUUUCUCAGAUGGAGUUCUGUCAGGAGAUGAAUUGAAGGAACUCUUCCAUAAGAUCGAUACCCAUAAUACAGACAAUGUGGACACAGAAGAGCUGUGUGAAUACUUCUCUCAGCAUCUUGGAGAAUAUGAAAAUGUUCUUGCUGCCUUAGAAGACUUGAACAUCUCUAUAUUGAAAGCUAUGGACAAAACCAAAAAGGAUUACCAGGAGGCCACGCACCUAGAGCAGUUUGUGACUCGAUUUCUGCUGAAGGAGACAACGAGCCAGCUGCAGUCUCUUCAGAGCUCAUUGGAGUGUGCCGUGGAGACCACAGCUGAGCAGACACGGCAGGAAAGGCAAGCACCCCUGAAGCCUGAGGUGCUGUCGAUUCAAUGGUCAGGAAGGCGAUCCAAUCGAAGACUCCAAAGGAAUAACAGCUUGUCUCCGAACAACCCACUUCUUACCCUUGUCAAUUCAGGUGUCUAUGAGGAGGACAGUCAGUGGAUGAUCCAGAUAAACAGACUACAGAAGCUGAUCGAUCGCCUGGAGAAGAAGGAGCUGCGUCUGGAGCCGGUAGAAGAGGAGGUCUCAGAAGGCUCCACCAAAUCGCACAUUCUGAUAGUGCAGAGACAGCUGUCCGUAAUGGAGGACGAGCUGGAGGAGUUCCGCAUGGCUCUGCGGCAGUACGUUGAUUGUGCCAGCAUCCAGACAGGCAGCCUCCAUGUUGCUGUUGAGCGGAUUGCUAACGAGACUCGCUUCAUACUCUAUGAGUUCUGGGAGCACAGCAGUUUGUGGAAGAAUCAUCUGCAGACGAACUACAGCAAAACCUUCCAGAGGGCCAACGUGGAUUUCUUGGAGACGCCGGAAAUUACGACAACUAUGCUGGUACCAGCAUCAUGGUGGGUCCUGAACAACAAUUAGAACCACAAUAAUUAACAACGAUAAAAAGGAAACAGAGAUUAUCAUUAUUAUUGUUACACUUCCUGUGAAAUUGUGGUGAAAAUCAUCAGACCUCCAUGCUCCAUCAUCGUUAGCUCUUUAAAAUAUGUACAUUCAUAGAUUUACUGUAUAAAGCAGUGGCCUAGUCACCAAACUUGAUGGUACUCUAUCCACUUUAUUUUUACACGUGGAAUAAGUUUGUGUGAGUUUUUGUUUUUUUGUUUGAAUCAUUACUUGCUGCAGUGGCAUAGUCAGGAAAUGAGAAAUCAGGAUACUUCACAGCAGGUUCUGUACAGUUAAAUUGAUAAGUGUGGUUUUCUUGUGCAUUAUGGGUGAAUGUCAGACAGCAGUAGAAUUGGUGCUAUUCUGAAGUUGUCAUUCAAUUAUUUGUGGCACUAUCAUCGGCCGAUCUUGCCAUGUUUAUAAUGUUAAUAGGCACAAGAAAUAAAACACCUUUAUUAGAGUUCUGCUGAAAAUCAUGAAACUGUAACAAGAUAACAUCUUUGCUCAUAAAACCAGAUCUUCCCUUCUUUUUCUUCUCCAGCAGUACACCAUAUUUCACUGGGUUUUACCUUGAUAUCUUCCAAAGCAAACUGGAAAAAUGCAUAAUUCCAAUUGGUUAAAGGUAGGGUCUCCGAUUUUUGAGAAAUGCUUCAGAAAACUGAGUCGGGCCGAAUAAUAUACAAAAAUCAAAACAAACGUGUAGCCAAUGAGCAGAAAGGGGUGGGGCUUGUCAAUAUGCGGCAGAGAGAGUGUUCACUGCGCAUGUGUGACAUUAGCAGAAAGCGGUUUUAACAUUGACAUGGAGGAUAAAAACAAAGAAAGAAAGUGAAGAAAGGCUUAUGAUAAGACAAGAAGUAGGACCCGUGUUAAUAUAGGAUCAACUUUCCAGCACUGGAGAGAACUGAAGGAGCGGGAAGUUGGCGCAUAUUCACAGAUUGGAGUUUCCCGAGUCAAUAACUCCUGAGCUAAACGCUGUUACCACACAAAUAACACCUCUUUUCUAUCGUAGUAAUGUAGAGACGCAGCUACAACCGCGUUUUGUGUAGUAACAGCGUUUAGCUCAGGAGUUAUUGACUCGGGAAAUUCAACUUUACUUAAGACGCUGAGGCGCUUUUUUCCUUCUCGAUAGGUGAGUGAUGUUGGUUUUGCUUUGUUACACAGAACUAAUAUAUGCCGUUCUUUGCAUGAUUAUGCUUGUGUGUCAUUUUUGCUUGUUUGUUUAUCUGCAAUCGGUUUGUUCUUCACUUCGGCUAUGAUAAAGACACAUUUCUUUCCAUUAUUUGCCUGGGUUACGUAUGUAUGUGUGGGCGGAGCUAUCAAUACAGGGGUGGGACCCAUUUGGGUUAGGGGCGUGUUUGUUUUGGUGAUUUCAAACGUCCACAUUGGCUUUCAAAAAUCAGAGACCCCACCUUUAAUCCUGUUUUUUUCCGGUUUCUCAACAUAGCAUUUGGUAGCCAAUAAAAUGUGAUUAAACAAACUGAUGGACAAAGUGUAAUAAAGACUGUUAAAUAAGAAGAAAUCAUAACAAUGACUUCAUUGACCUUUUCUGCAGAUAAUCACUGCGCAAAACUGGCUGUGAUGUCAGUGACACCAGCUAAUCGUGGCCAACAAAAAUCAUGUCCUAGCUAGGAAAUUGGAGGGUGAAGAAAUGGGAGAAAACGGGGUUAAAAGAUGACACUUUUUUUUAUUUAAAAAAAACGGAGCACGGUGGCUUAGUGGUUAGCACGUUCGCCUCACACCUCCAGGGUUGGGGGUUCGAUUCCCGCCUCCGCCUUGUGUGUGUGGAGUUUGCAUGUUCUCACCGUGCCUCGGGGUUUCCUCCGGGUACUUCGGUUUCCUCCCCCGGUCCAAAGACAUGCAUGGUAGGUUGAUUGGCAUCUCUGGAAAAUUGUCCGUAGUGUGUGAAUGAGAGUGUGUGUGUGUGCCCUGCGAUGGGUUGACACUCCGUCCAGGGUGUAUCCUGCCUUGAUGCCCGAUGAGAUAGGCACAGACUCCCCGUGACCCGAGGUAGUUCGGAUAAGCGGUAGAAAAUGAAUAAAUGAAUUUAGAAACGCUCUAAAUUACUUUAUUUCAUUGGAACAUACUUCUAUUCUAACGGAAUAUACCAAAAUAUAUAUUUCCUUACACAGAUACAAGUAUCACACAAGAUAUUUAUGUUCUACAGUUAAUAAUAUGAGUUUUUUGUCUAUAAGCUUCCAUUAAUAAGGCUCUCAUAAAAUCAACAGUCCCAGUAGGAUCUUAGAUUGAACAGUUAAGGAUUCUGUAAUCUGCUAUUCUGAAUCAUUUUCUUUGGUGAUUAAAUUGAAAUAAAUCUCCAAGGGGUUCAGCAAAGUUGUAUUUUAGCUCAAAGAUUGUUCCUGUCAAUGUGCUAAAAACCGAUUCAGAAUAAAAUGAUCACAAUGCUGGCAUUCACUGAUCAGCACCUCAUUAAUCUGUGACUCAGUGCUACAGUGACUGUGAUCUGCAAUGUCCUGUACGGUUGUAGCUAGACUGUGUAAGUGUCAGCACUGUUACAUAAGUGCUUCCUUAAGUAGCAGUACUUGUG